UUGAACCCAAAUUCACUGCGCCUAUUAAGCUCGAGGGAAGGGCACGUCAGUUUCGCACUCUCGUGACUAGGGCAGAACCAUGUAUGGUGGCGGUGGCGACCGCGGUGGCGACCGCGGUGGUGGCGGUGGCCGCUACGGUGGAGGUGGAGGUGGAGGUGGCGGUGGCGACCGUUAUGGUGGCCGUGCCAUCUUCGUGGGCAACCUGCCCUACGAUGUGCGCGAGAAGGAGCUUGAUGAGAUUUUCUACAAGUUCGGCCGCAUUCGCAUGAUUGAUAUCAAGAAGCCUGCUCGCCCGCCGGGCUUCGCGUUUGUCGAGUUCGAGGACCCCCGGUCUGCCGAGGAGGCCGCCCGCCGCCGCAACAACUACGAGUUUGCGGGCAUGCGCAUGCGUGUGGAGAUUGCCCGCGGUGGCGAGGCCGCCGGCGCGCAGCAGCCGCUGCGCAUCGGCUACCGCCCCAUCCGCAACACCAUGGGCUUCCGCCUGUACGUGAAGAACCUGCCCCGCUCCGCCAGCUGGCAGGACCUCAAGGACUUUGUCCGCCGCGUGUGCAAGCCGCUGUACACGGAGGUGUUCAAGGACAACCGCGACAACGUGGUCGGCGUGGUGGAGUUCGAGAGCAAGGAGGACAUGAAGGCCACCGUCCGCAAGCUGGACGACACCGAGUUCGCCAACCCCUUCGACAAGGGCCACUACGUGCGCCUGACCGAGGACCUGGAGGAGCGAGGCCGCUCCCGCUCCCGCAGCCGCUCCCGCUCCCGCGGCCGCGAGCGGGACCGCGCCCGCGACCGCUCCCGCAGCAGACUAAGUGCAGGGCGCUGGUGCCUGGGUCUGGCUGCUUUGGCGCUGGGUCCAGCGCUGGUGCUGGUGCUGGCUCACGCUGGGCGGAGUGGCUUGGGCCGGCGGUCAUUGGCUACGCAAGUGAAGCUGUAUAGGAGCCUGGGCUGCAUUGGCGCUGUGACUUAGGGACGUGCUGCUGGCUGGGCGUCAGCUGGUGGCGGGACUGCACUGGUCAGCAGCGCAAGCGGUGGAGCGAAUAUCCGGAAGCGUGAGGACCCCUGAACGCGUCAGUACCGACAGCAGACCAACAAGCGCUGGCGCUCGCUGGCCUGCUGCUCUGGGCUCUAGGCGCCGCAACGGCGACCCGCGGCAAGAAAGCGCGAGGAGAUGUCGACAGCUGGCGUGUCAGAGAAACAUGCCCCUACAGUACAGCCUAGCUUGGAGACUGGACCUGGUGCUUUGCUAGGAAGGCCUACCAGCUGGCGCGCUGGCGGCUGGCGUGGGCGCGAGGAAGUGGCAGCUGCGGGCGGAGCUGUGAGCGUGCUGGGCUCUGGUUGUGGAAGCGAUGGCUGGCUGGAGGAGACGUAGCGGCGCGUGCCUGGUGCUGACGGUGGUGCUGGCGAGCGGAGGAGCAGUGCGAGUGUGCUGCUGGUGCAUCGCCGCUUCGCGGGCUGCGCGAGGUGCCGGCCUGAUGGCGGAGGAAGCUGCCGGCGUGCUGGCGCCGGCCAUGGACUCCUGCGCCCGGCCGGGCUUGCUCCCUCGCCACUGCGUUGCGCAUUUUGCUUGUUCUGACCGGACUCCUCCUGGGGAUCCCCCCGCCUCCUGUGUGCCCUCCUUCCCUCCCUUCCUACCUGCCCCUUCCCCUUUUGCACAGGUCCCGCUCCAAGUCGCGCUCGCGCUCCCGCUCGCGCAGCCCCAAGCGCGACAGCAAGAGCCGCUCGCGCUCCCGCAGCCCCGCUGCCGAGGGCGGCGCCAAGUCCAAGUCGAGGUCCCGCUCCCGCACCCGGUCUCGCUCGCGCUCUAAGUCGCGCUCCAAGUCGCGCUCUCGCAGCCCCCCGCCCGCCGACAACGGCAAGGAGGAGCGCAAGGAGGGCGACGCCCCGGCCGACGACUGAGCGCCGCCGGGUGGUGCGAUGGCCACGGAUGAGGUGGCCGGCAGUGCGGUGGCCUAGUAAGUGCAGUUCGGUUGGCCGCAGCUGCCACAGGGCCACAACUGUUGGGGCUACUAGGCUGCGCUUCUGUGUGGUAACCAGCUGCGGUGGUUAUGGUGCGGCGCAAGUGAUGGCGCCACGUUCGGGAACGGGUCAUUUCGGGAGCCCGGCAUGGGAGCCCGGUGGCCACAAACGCCUGUUCUGUGCUGCACAUGUGUCGUGGCACACUUAUUGAUGAUAAUGUUGUUGGUAAUGGUUGCGUUGACCCUAAACUUAGAUGAAAAUAGAACGUUAACUGGCCCCUGAUGGACAUGUCUGGCUGGUGAGGUUGACUCUGUAACGCAGUGCCGGA